CUAUUUGAAAACAAGUCUCGAAAUAAAUCUUUUUGCAUUUCCAAAUAUUCCAUGUCUAGUGUCUGAGAUGGUUCCGGACGAUUAACCAGAGCCGACCGAUGACCCUAGUGGAGGAAACGCUCUCAUAUCACAACGAGGCGUUCAGCGAGUACGACUACUCCACCUCAAAUUUUUACGACAAACAAGGCAUCUACACCAAAAUAGAGGAACCACUGCCAUCAUCAUCUGUGAACUUACCAUCAGCUACCUUCAACAAAUCCUUACGGCAACCAAGACGCAAUUAUCUGGCACUGCGGCCCAACGGGAGGCCCGCGAACAGGUUUAACAAUAAAACUGUGACAUUUCACGACUAUGUUGUGGUUCGGGAAUGCGACGAGGAGUGUGAAGGAAAUACGGAGACUACGUUCACAACAGAGGCGGAGAUUUGUACCGAUUCAGAAGAAAUGAACAUGGAUUGUGAAUCAGGAAAUGACGAUUUAGAUCUCCCAGAAGAAUUUAAAAUACAAUCACAAAGAAUCACUUCAUAUUGUGACGACAUAGACAAUGAGUCAGAAAUGCUCAAAAUGAGUAGUGCUCAAUGCUCAAAACUAAAAAGAGUCAACCGAGACUUCGAAAUACAUAAUACGGACCACACACAAGUAAACAUGGACUUAGAAGAUAGAAUUCAUGCAAAACCACUAGAAAUAAGGCAACAAAAAAUAGCUGGAAAGCACCGAUUCAAGUCUAAUAUACAGAGAAUACGAAGACACUCAACUGAGAGUCAAGAAAGAGAUCAUACAGCAACACAAAACUCAGCAUCCGAAGAUACUACUACACAAGCAGAAUUCUCCAUUUUUCAAGGAGAGCCAUAUAUCAUUAACCUUAAAGCCUUGGUUUCAGAGGCCAAUAAACUGGCUGUCAACUAUUCAGAAGGCUUCAAAUCAGAUGGUACCAGAAGACCGGAUUAUCUUAAUUUAGAUCCUCAGAUUUCAGUAGCUGAAAUUUAUGUACAAAACAUUAAUGAUGUUCAUAACUUACAAACACAUCUAAGCACACUAACGCUUCACUCAGGUCAAUACAAUGGAUCUGAAGAACGUCUGGCAGUAGAAUCCAACAACACAGAAAGCUCAAACACAUAUUAUGUUAACGAGGACAUUGCAACAAAUUUAGAUGACAGCAGCCCAGAAGAGGACUCUGUAUCUAAUCUAGACACAAGCAGUCAACAUCUGAAAUAUCUUCAUGAUCCACGACACUCAGAUAGAAUGUUUCUGCAACACAGACACACAUGAAACUAAUGAUAGGAGAUGAUAAUGGGAGUGAUACUUAACUCAACUUAAUUUUCGUAUUGAGCUUGAGCACCAAAUGAGCCUCUGUAAAAUGGGAACAGAACAGAUUUGGCAUCUGAGGCAAUAAACUGAUGGGAGAUUAAUACAAGCUUUAAAAGUUUUAAAGUUUGCUUAUGUAUGCUGUCCCGCACCAAUGGUGCCCUUCCUACAUUAUAUAAUGUACAUCACUGCACACGGACAUGCUUCCUUUGUAUUGAAAUUGCACUUUACGUUGCA